GCGCCUUUCGCUUUCUUUCAGAGGCAAACCCACUACAUUUCCCAGAACCCCGUUCGCUGUUGCUCCGCGAGGUCAGGGGAGUCGUCAGCACACACGAGGAGAACUCAUUCCGAGCGCUUAGUCAAACCUCCCUUUUCUCUCGCCCCUCGUUGAGAGACACCGGCUGUUUGAUUUCAACCAAACGGGGGGAAGGCCACAGUCCGCUAACAAAGUUUUCACGACGCACGGGGUGACCUUAACAGCGGCUAAGGCCGGACACGAAAGUGAUCAAGUCCGUGGCUUUAAAGCGGGUGUGUGUGGAGCAGCUGUGUGGCGAUGGACGCGAUAGACACUGCCCCUGAUUCCUGGGAUCAGGAGGACGAUGGCGAGGCCCAGGUCGACGAGCAACUUUCCAAGGCUUUUAUUGCCAGCCUAAACGUGGACGCCAAGCCGUUUGUCCCCAACGUGCACGCCGCGGAAUUCAUCCCGACCUUCCAACAGAAGAGCUCCACGGAAACGGUGGAGUCAGCGGGUCCCGAUGCAGAUGCCAAUGUGGAAGUGUCAGAGCCUGAGGCUCCGCCCAUGGAGAACGGUGAUGCAGAGAUGGCAACAGAUGACACCUGGGAGCAGAAAGGGAGUGAGCCUAGCAAAGCUGAGGCAGAGCCAGGAGGCAGCCCUGGAGGAGACCGGGGUCAGGCUGAUGAAGACUCCCCUCAAGAGGAAGGAAUGGAAGAGGAAGAAGUAGUGCCAACACCUAAAGUAGUCCCCACACAGCCAAAUGCCCCCAAGAAGGAACAUGUUAACGUGGUCUUCAUUGGCCAUGUCGAUGCUGGCAAGUCAACUAUUGGAGGACAAAUCAUGUAUUUAACAGGAAUGGUGGAUAAACGAACUCUGGAGAAGUAUGAGAGAGAAGCCAAGGAGAAGAACAGGGAAACUUGGUACCUCUCUUGGGCCCUUGACACAAACCAGGAGGAAAGAGACAAAGGAAAGACUGUGGAAGUCGGACGUGCAUACUUUGAGACCGAGGAAAAGCACUUUACCAUUCUGGAUGCACCAGGCCACAAAAGCUUUGUGCCCAACAUGAUUGGUGGAGCUUCACAGGCUGAUUUGGCAGUGCUGGUAAUCUCUGCAAGGAAAGGAGAGUUUGAAACGGGCUUUGAGAAAGGAGGCCAGACGCGGGAGCAUGCCAUGUUGGCCAAAACUGCUGGAGUCAAGCAUUUGAUUGUACUUGUAAACAAAAUGGAUGAUCCAACAGUGAACUGGAGUCUGGAGAGGUACGAAGAAUGUAAGGAGAAACUUGUUCCGUUUUUAAAGAAAGUCGGGUUCAACCCCAGGAAAGAUGUUCAUUUCAUGCCAUGUUCGGGACUUACUGGGGCCAAUCUAAAGGAGCCAGCGGAGUACUGCCCUUGGUAUAUAGGGUUACCAUUCAUUCCACAUCUGGACAGUUUGCCAAACUUCAGCAGAUCAAGUGAUGGACCAGUCAGGUUACCCAUAGUAGACAAAUAUAAGGACAUGGGCACUGUGAUAUUGGGGAAAUUGGAGUCGGGAUCAAUCAGCAAAGCUCAGCAACUUGUGAUGAUGCCCAACAGGCACACUGUAGAGUUGCUGAGUUUGCUUUCUGACGAUGUUGAAACCGAUGAUGCUGGUCCUGGAGAGAACUUGAAGUUGCGACUCAAAGGCAUUGAAGAGGAGGAGAUCUUGCCAGGCUUCAUCCUCUGCAACGUUGAGAACCUUUGCCACACUGGGCGCACCUUUGAUGCCCAGAUAGUCAUCAUUGAACACAAGUCAAUCAUCUGCCCAGGUUACAAUGCAGUUCUUCAUAUCCACACCUGCAUUGAAGAAGUGCAAAUUACGGCCUUAAUCUGUCUGGUAGACAAAAAGACGGGGGACAAGAGCAAAACACGACCCCGCUUCGUCAAACAGGACCAGGUGUGCAUUGCUCGCCUGAGAACAGCUGGGACCAUCUGCCUUGAGACCUUCAAAGAUUUCCCUCAAAUGGGACGCUUCACCUUACGAGAUGAAGGGAAAACCAUUGCCAUUGGGAAAGUGUUGAAACUUGUUGCCGAGAAGGACUGAAAAGAAUGAUUGGUGGUUCUGAAACGACUGACCGAGGCGGAGGUAGAUGCUGCUUCAGCCACAGCACACUUCAUAGCCCUCCUGUCCUUUCUCCUCUCCGCCUCCCGAAGACCAGCUUAAAAAACUUAUCUUAAAGAAAUCCGUUUUUAAGCAAAUGAAAAUGAAAUCAAGUCCACAUGUGUCAGCUUUCUCAUAUUGAGAGCUCAGCGAUGCCAUUGUUUUAGGUUCUCCCCCAUGACCUGUUCUUCAUCCAUCUGCACAUGUUAAAUGGCAAGAGAUCUAGCUCUCUUCCAAACUUUUUUUAUUUUUUUUUUAUUUUUAGAAUUUUUCUUUUUGCUUCCAUCAGAGAAAUAUAAUGGCAGCAGAUACAGUAAAUGUAUGUGGACCAAGAUUUGCUUGAUAACAUAAAGUGAUUUAUGAGCAGUAAAGUUUGAAUGAUUAAUCAAUUGAAACCAAAAUGUUGAUAUCUUGGUUGUACAUGUCUCGCAUUGCUUAUUCCCAUUUUGGUUUCUGUUCACAUAACGUUCUUGCAAAGUGCAUGAGCGUGUUCACGUUAUUAAAGCAUCUUCUAUGACAAUAAAAUAUAAAAUUGGGGAAAAAUUGAAUUGUUGAAUUCUU